AUGUCUUUGUUACGAAAUUUUCUACCCCGAGAUUCAACUGAGUUCGAUGGGUCAACCGUUUUUAAUUUUCGACAGCGUGACCUCUUUCCUAGAUGCAACAUUCAAGAGGACGACAACUGCUAUAGAAUUGAAGCUGACUUCCCUGGCGUCGAUAAAAAAAAUAUCCAUUUGGAAUUAAAAAAUAAUGUAUUAACACUUUCAGCUAAACAGGAAAUUAGUAAUGAAGAUACUGAAGAGAAGGGUAUUACUUGGCACAGAAGAGAAAGAUUUAGCGGGACAUACAAUCGAAGUUUUCAUUUGCCCGAAAAUGUCAAGGAAGAAGACAUAUUUGCUAACUACGAUCACGGAGUUUUGAUGAUAAAGAUUGCCAAAAGUAAACCCGAGUCUCCUAAAGCACGUAAAAUUAAUAUAGAUUAA